CCGCCGCCGCUGACCCCGGCCGGCGGCCCCCGCCCCGGCGCCCAGCGGAGCGGGCGGGGGCGGGCGGCCGGGGGAGCCGGCGGAGCGGAGGAGGAGGAGGAGGAGGAGGAAGAGGAGGAGGAAGGGGGGGGUGCCCGGCGCGGACACCGCCUGCAUGUGGCCGGGAGCCCCCGCCGCCCGCCCCGCCGAGCCGGGCCCGGACCCGGCGGCGGGGCGGGCUGGCGGCGGGGCCGCGCCGCCGAAGGUAGGGGCGGGGGGGGGUGGUGGUGGUGGUGGUGGUGGCGGCGGGGGGCGGCUUCGCCCCGCCGUGCCCGCGACCUGAGCGGCUGUGGGCGGGGAGCGCCCCUGCGCCGCGAUAAAUAGCGCUUUCCCUCGCCUGACAGCCCGUCCCCGGGGCGCAGGGGGGUGCGAGCGGCAGCGCCCCUCCGCUGCCGGCGGGACGAAGUUGGGGCUCUCGGUGACUCUGCGCUGAGGCCCCGCUCCUGCCCUGACCUGCGGGUUUUGAUUUUUCUCUUUUUGGUUCUCGGGGAGAGCCGGAGAAGGGGGAGGACCGGGAAAGCCGGGAGCCAAGCUUCCCCCCCCCUCUCCCUGAAGCGCGGGGGAGAUGCUGGAAGCGGCUCUGAGUUCGCAGCGCCCGGGAACGGGAGCAGGAGGCGUGUGAGCUCCUGCCGGUCCCCGCGGUAGCCGCUACCCGCGGCGCCCCGCCGGCCCCUUCCCUCCGUCCGUCCGUCCGUCCCUCCUCACCCGGGGCCGCUCGCAGCCCCUCGCCGCCGCUGGAGGAGGCUGCCCACCCCCGCGGCCCAGGAUGCAGUUUCGCCUCUUCUCCUUUGCCUUGAUCAUCCUGAACUGUAUGGAUUACGGCCACUGCCAAGCCGGCCGCUGGAGACGCAGCAAGAGAGCUAGCUAUGGUCCAAAUCCAAUCUGCAAAGGCUGUUUGUCUUGUUCAAAGGAUAAUGGGUGCAUCAGAUGCCAGCACAAGUUAUUCUUCUUCCUACGAAGAGAAGGAAUGAGACAAUAUGGCGAAUGCUUGCAUUCCUGCCCAUCAGGGUACUAUGGACUCCGAACGCCAGACAUGAACAGAUGUUCAAGAUGCAGAAUAGAAAACUGCGACUCCUGCUUUAGCAGAGACUUUUGUACCAAAUGCAAAACUGGCUUCUACUCGCACAGAGGCCGCUGCUUCCGAGGAUGUCCCCCUGGAUUUGCAGCCUUGGAAGAGCUUAUGGAAUGUGUGGGCUGUGAAGUGGGUCAGUGGAGUGAGUGGGGAACUUGCAGCAGAAAUAACAAAACAUGUGGAUUUAAGUGGGGCCUGGAAACGAGAACAAGACAAAUUGUGAAGAAGCCAGCGAAAGACACGAUACAAUGCCCAACCAUUGCAGAAUCCAGACGGUGUAAAAUGGCCAUGAGACAUUGUCCAGGAGGAAGAAGACCAACAAAAACAAAGGACAAGAAAAAGAAGAAAAAGAAUUUGAUGGAAAGGGCUCAGAAGCAGCACAGCAUCUUUUUAGCAACAGAUAAAACAAGCCAGUAAAGACUUUAUUUUCUUUAAUAUAUUUUUUUGCGAAGUGCACAAAAGCUGCUAUAUGCUCCUGCCCAUGGAUGCACUACGAUUCAGCUGCUUUGACAGUAUUGGUGGCAAAUAACUUGUGAAAAAAGCCCACAAGCUUGUUUGUUUUAUUUAUAUUUUAAAAAUUUUAUUUCUUCUCUCAUUUUUGACCUGAAGACUUCAAGGUCAGGAGCACACUGAGUUGAAUCAGUGAAAGUGGUGCUGAAGUGCGUCAAAGAUUUUGUCCUGAGUGCCUGGUCAACGUGUUGACACGGAAGGGAAGCAGAAGAGAAACCUAUGUAUCACCAUUAGGCAAACUUGUGCAUAUUUAAAUAAACAAAAAAAGAAAAGGAAGUCUUGGAGGUGUAGGUACUAUUGCAUUUAUGGCCUUUGUUUCUUAUAUUUGUACAUUUCAAGAGUAAAUGGAUAUGACUUACUACUUAGCAUUAAUGUAUGUGUUCUCAGCACCUGCUACAUUGAAAAAGUUGUAUAAUAAAACUGCUUUAAGACAUUAUACCACAGGAAUUACUGCUUAGACUUACAGAAGCACAACAGACCCUAUGUGUACAUAUUAUCCUGUCUACAUAUAAAUGAACAUAUUUACUGUACAUCUAUGCAUUUUUAUGUAUAAUACUUCAUACAUGUUUAAAGUUAUGUCCUGUUGGUUCUAGUAAUAUACUUUAAAAUAAUCCAGUAAAUAUUUACUUUUUACUAUGUUUUAAGUAUCGUCUCAUGUUUCUCAAUAGCUACAAACUGGAUGUUUUUCUCAUUUGUAAAGCUCAUUCAGAUGGCUAAACUACCUUGUACUGACCCUUGUACUGUCAGCUUGCAAGUACACUUGCCAGACUUGUAAACUGUGAGUCAUUUCUGCCAUUCUGUACUCCUGUCUCAGCCCUGGUGUAUUUUGUCUCAGAAAAAGAAGUGUAACUUUUUUUAAGAUGAGGCACGAUGAUGAUAGAUGUUUUGAGUGUCAGGAGAGAAAUUAUAUAGAAAUUUCUUGGUAUCUAAGAUUGUAUGCAUAGUUUUUUUCUGAUAUAAUGCACAAUGUUCUGUUUCUGUUAGUCCUGAUCCAGUCAGAUACAGCAAACAAACACCUGAACAGGGGAGAAACAAAAGGAAAAACUAAGUUCAGUCAUUCAAAAGUAUAGCAAACCCCAAUCGGUGUGCCAGUAUUGCCAGUUAUUUGUAGAGGUUUAGCAAGUUUAAUCUGCAUCUGGUGUUUGUUUUGAGGAUUUUUUGGGGGGAAAGGUGGAGAGAAUUUUCUGUAUAGGAAGUUAAAAUGGCUCAGGGUGUGUAAUUUGGUAAUCUAGUAUUAUUGGACUUGUGUUCAGGAAGAUUUUUUUAACAUCUGCUUGGAAAAGCCCACACUAAAAUGUCUGUCAUCUGUGCUGUCACUUAGAUAAGUUAUUCCAGUUCUCGGACUAAAACUUUCAUAUGACCUAUACAAAUCAAGGAAAAGGUAAAACAAUCCCCAGACCCCUACAAAACUCUUUUUGACAUAUACUUUAGAAAAAUCCCACAGAUCUCAGUUUUAUUUUUAUGGGGUAUAUGUAUGUUUACAAAUAAACUAGGAAAAUAAAGCAUCUAUAAGCACAAAUAUAUCCAUAUUUAGCUAGGACGAGUGUUGCUACAAAAAUGUGCAGUAGUUAGCCACGUAAGAAUGUUCCAUGAAACCGCUUGUGGACUUCCACUUAACCAUGAGGUUUUCACCAUCUUUUAUUUAGUAUAUGUUCAAAUUUACCUAGAACAUAAUAAUGUUAAGGACAGUAAGAUUGUUCUGAUCCUGGGCUGCUAUUUUGGAUAUUAAAUGCUCACUUCAAAAAAAAAGAAAAAAAAAAAAAGACAAUAAGAACUGUAGCUGCCUGUUUGCUUACUGAUUAUCAGAUUUGGCUGUAAGUGCAGUGAAUGCCCUCAUACAAUCCUUUUCGUAGUGGUUACAAAUAUUGUAUUAGGCAUGUCAUGGAAAGAAUGCUACAAAAUACAAUAAAAUGAUGUCACAAGCUUCUGAGUAAAAUAUUUCUGUUCCUUUUUAAUUCAAAGAAUAUAUGCCUUUGAAAUAGCAUAGACAGAGAAGAAUUGGAGGAAGUCUGUGGUGCAGGUUUUUUCCCACUGGAGUGGAAAAUUUGAGGGUUUUCCAAACUGCUAUUUUGUUGAUAUUUACAUGUUUGAAAAGCCACUGUACAUGAGAUAUACAUUGAUUUCUCUUGUCUCAGUCACCUUCAUAUUCAGAGUUUCCUUGAGAACGUAGACAGAAGAAAUUCAUCCCUAAGUAGCACGUGCCCUUGUGCAUAGUUUCUUCUUUGUCCUAGACAUCUGUUUUCAUCCUGCCUUUGCAUGGUGUAUCCUAUAAAUGUAUUCAUAGCACUGGGGUUUUUUUUAGGGUCACACUUCUCCUGAGAUUAGAAAGGACCAUUCCUUGGACAUGAGGAAAAGGUUCUUCACUGAGAGGGUGGUCGGUCACUAGAACAGGAUCUCCAGGGAAGUGGUCACAGCACCAAGCCUGUCAGAGUUCAGGGAGCAUCUGCGUGAUGCUCUUAGUCAUAUGGUUUAGUUUUAGGUAGUCCUGCAAGGAGCAGGGAGUUGGAAUAGAUGAUCCUUAUGGGUCUUUUCCAACUUGAGACAUUGCAUGAUUCUGAGAUUCUAUGAACUUGAGAGAUCAUCUAGUCCCAAUCUCUGCUUGAAACAGGGCUAACCUCAAAGUUAUGUCAAAUCUGCCUGAGGUGAAGGAUACCUCUCCAGUCUGUGUUGCCACAUUUUACUAUCUUCACAGGCAUUUGUUGUUGUUGUGGUUGAGAUUUGUGCACAUUGCCCCUUGUGCUUUUGCUGUGGACUUCUGAGGAGAGUUGUGCUCGGUCUUCUCUAUAAGCCCCGGUCAGGUAGCUGAAGACUGCUGCUAGAUUUCCCUUUAGCCUCCUCUUCUCCAGGUCAAGUACCCACAGUGUCUUUGGCCUCUCGUCAGAUGUUUUGUGCUCCAGACCCCUAACUAUUUUAGUGACACUCUGGUGGACUUACUCUCUUCUUAUACUGAAUACCCCAAACCAGGCACAGUACCCCAGCGGUGGCCUCCUGGACUGCUGAGUAAACAGGGUCCAACCUCUCCUGGACUACUCUCUUUUGGGAUUCCAGAGAAGAUCCUCACAACGGUGGCUUUCAUACUUUUUCUGGGAUGCUUGGAGAACUGGGGACAGAUCUGGGAGAGGACUGAUUUACGCUACUGCUUCAGGAUCUUCAGACAGAUACUAUUUCUUUGUAAAGUGAAGAAGAUCGUGUUUUCAAAGCUGGAUACUAUUAAAACAGCCUGUGCUACUCUGCCUCUGAUUUUCUUUAAAUUUGGUCAGAAUCAGGCUUGUAAAGGUCUUACUUCUUUUCUGGUAAGCAGCUGACCAGGUACAGAUGCCACCUUUUUUGCCUUUCAGAGCUGUCAUUACUUUUUGAAUCUAACUGUUUCUCUUAAACAGUGGAAGGAUUCAAAGCAAUGGAGCUUCUGUGUUCACAAGAUUUUUAUGCCUCUAGUUUAAUGAUUAGCUAUUGGAAAUUUGUUUAAACUAGAAGAGAUUCAAGUUCAUAGGAUAAAGAAGUUUCCAUGCUGUAAUAAUCAGUUAAAAAAAAUGUUAUAUUACAAUGAUAUGCAAAAAGUUAUUUUUUGAAAGUGUACAUUCCUUUAUAUCUUAUUCACCUGUCCCAGAAGAGGCAGUUGCAUAGCCAUACUCUGCAUUUGGGAUCUCUGCAUCCUCAGCAUGCCUUACUUUAUCCUGACCUCCUAGCAUCUGUCUCUCUAAAUAAAAAAAAUCCAACCCCCUCAAAAGAAGCAGGUGCAUGUUUAAAGCAAUUAUUUUGUGUCUGACUGGUCUUUAAUGCAUCUCAGCCGUUCUUGCUAGUGAGAAAUUAUUGUUACAUGUCUCUUUUCUUAUUCCUGGGGUGCAAAAUAAAAAGUUGUGUUUCAAUUAUGGCAAUGCAAACCUUCCAUAUUACACAUGUCGGUAUUAGGAAGUUAUUCUCCUCUUAUACCUAUAUGCUUAACAU